CAUCCCAGUAAUCUGCCUAAAUUCGACCGGCGAUCCGCUGUCGUUCAGGGACCCGACCGCAGCACGUGCCGCAGCCUGGCGCCCCGUCGGGGCGUGCAUGCCGCUGGUGAGGAGCACGUAGCGCUCGCAGCUCCCAGCGCCGGGGACGCACGCAGAGCCGGGGGACGCGAGCACACACCCACCCAUGUCGGCGCUGAGCAGGACGGCGAAGACACCCCCGCCAUGUCCCGGGAGAUGCCGGACCGCGCCAAGGUCCAGGACGCCGUGGGCCAAGGAGAGAUCUGGCGCCCGGCGGGCCGGCUUCUCUAGCGCAGGCGUGGUCAUGGGCGCGGCAGGCGAAUGGGCGCGCAAAUGUUUGAACAGCACUGGCACGGCCUACAAGGCGUCAAAUUCGCGCCCUCGAUACCCGGAAAGUGCAUCUCAAUUUCCUUCCUGUUCUCCUUCCCCUUUAGCUCGCGAUGCGACCAUUUGACUCGAUGACGUGGGAGAGCUUACUCUAGUCAUUCGUUUCUCGUCUCUUGAUCCGUUUUCCUAAUGUCUCGGCAUUGACGGGUUGGGGAUGGUCUAUCACGCCCUCCAGAGAGCGAGAAACCUCGCGCGGCCAGUUCUUCGUGACGCGGCGAUGGAUUCUUGGCUUAGGCGGCCACAAAAUGUUAGAUCAUCAUGACACCAGCCCGCAGAUCGAGAUAAGCACACAUAAAGUUCAACGAGGAUCCAUGCAUCCGCGAUGGAAUGGGCCUACAUGCCCGAUGCUGAAGAAGGGGGUUUUUCCCUGUUGACAACGAAUGGUCGAUUGAGCAAGGCAGGGGACGUCGCCCACGCGAUUAGCGCCAAGACCUCCCACUGCUGGCCCUACACAAUGCAGCUCCCUCCAACGAGCGCCACAGACGGGCGGCGCCCCAUCGAAUGAAAACAGUUGGGUGGCUCAGUGCUGCAAAUGCUCAGCCUCACAGGCGCGCCAAGACGCCUUAACCGCGCCCAGCACAAAGUCCAGACCCGGAUUUUUUGGGCUGUAGUAAUCAGCAUGCAUGCAGAGCUAGCGACCGAUCCUGGGCCAGGAAAAUCGUACUGUAACGCCGACGGCAUCCCAGGGCCGGCGCAGUCGACGGAUCUGGGGAAUUACCACAGAGGCAUGUGGAGGAGUCUGGCGAUACCGUCAGCAGAGAGAGCGAGGAAAAGAUGGAUAUACUUAAGCCCCGGGAGGACGGUCUCGAGGUGGUGCUGGGGUUGAUUCCAAACACACAAGAACCAUUUCCACCAUCUCUAUUGCUUCUCUCCAGAGUCAUCUGGAGGCAAGCACACAGCGUCUAUUUAGACAGUAUCUUUUAACGACGAUAAAAGAGCAUACUAUCACGGAAACUCUCUAUACUUACCCUUCCAUCUAGCUGCGGCACCAUGGAUUCCGAUCUCCGCAAGCCGCACAUGGCCGUUCGCCAUCGGCCUCACCUCUUCGGCCGGCUCCUGCACGUCCUCGCCCUCCUCCUCCUGGCGCUCACCUUUUUCCUCUUCAUUCUCGUCUGCAUUUCCGGCACGUGGCUGAUGAAGGAGGACAACAAGUGGCGCCUGGCCCUUGGCAACUUUUCCAUGGUGGAGUUCGACGGCAUCAUUCCCAAGCCCAACACCAAGGACGAAUAUAGCGUCAAGAUGCACCUCACCCUGGCCAGCUUCGGCUGGGAGUACCUCAACGCGACCAAGAAGGAGAUGCAGGCCGGCAUCGUGUACCAGGGCUUCGCGCAGACGCUCAAGUUCCCCGACCACCUCCGCGACGUGGCCAAGCGGCUGGACCUGCCCUCGUCCGACUACGACUGCCUGCACCCCAACCAGGGCACGUGCCGGAACGACUUCUUCAACAAGUUCCGCGACGUCAAGGAGAUGACCUUUGUCACGUGGGUGCAGUGGCUCAUCGUGCUGCUCGGCCUCUUCUUCCUGCUCGUCGUCUUCGUCAAGGACGUGCUCAUCACGUUCAAGAAGAGCUGGAUGAAGUGCCACUGCUGCUUCCUGUCCUCGCUCUGCCCCAACCCCAAGGGCAGCGCCGAGGAGAACGCGACCCUGCCGCCGUCCUUUUGGGACGGCCUACGCCUGUACUGGUACGCCACGGGCUUCGUCUACAUGUUCGUCGUGUCCAUCAUCCUCACCGUCCGGUCGCGCUCCAUCGUCGACGAGCUCAAGAAGAAGAAUGUGCCGGGGGCGCGCGUGAGCGACGUGUUCCUGGUGCUCAUCUGGUUCGGCGUCGUGUGCAUGUUCGUCGCGGUCGUGUGCAUGGGCAUCAGCAAGCUCUGCAACCGCGGGCGCGAGAGGCAGGUGUUGGCCGAGGCCAGCUCUGCCGAGCGUGCUCACAGCAGCCACAGCCACCUGCCGCCCGGAGGGCCGUAUGGGGGUCCGGCCCCGCAGCACCACCAUCACCAGGAGCCGUACCCGGCCGCCUUCAUGCCGCCCGAGCCGAGCAUGCCGUCGCAGGUGCCGCACCCGGCCAACGCGGGCGGGUUCAACGACGUCAACAUCACCACCCCGCCCACCUACGGGAACAAGGCCUCGGAGAACCCGUACGAGAAGUCGUAAGGUGGGAGGGGGCUUCAUAUGGGGUGUGUGCUGGCAAUCGCGGGUGUGCGCGACGGCUGGACCCUAAGAGGAAAGCAACUCGCUGCUUCCGAGGUGGUGGUUGGAGGGGCGAAGGCGGGGGAUGCAUAUUGGCUUGGUAUUUUCCUUUUUUUCAUUUUGGCUGGGAAUUCAGGUUGUCACACCACCACUAGCGGUUUGUUGGAUUGGGCAUUUUGCAUGGCGGCAUUUGCACGGGCUUAGCGACUUGGCGUUUUUCUUUCUUUCCGGGAUUGGCGCAGAAAAGGGCGAUUGGUGAAACCAUCAAAUCUUCAUGUUCACUACUUUUUUGAAAUUUCCUUUGUUUCCCACGAGAUACUUGGUUCGUCAAUACAGGAUUAGUCGAGAUGUGAUCCGUUGGUACCAGCAAGAAGGG